GGCGGGGCCGCUUGCCGAAUCCGGAAGGCCCCUGCUAGGCCAGGCCUUGCGCCCGCGAGAUGCCCGGGCAGGCAGAGCUCGACGUUUUGCUCCAAAAGGCCACUCGGCGGAGACUGGCGAAGUUUGACGAGCUGAGAGGUAAAGUCACACAAACUGGAGAAUUCUGGGAUGUUGUUGUAAUUACAGCAGCUGACAAAAAACAGGAAUUGGCUUACCAGCAACAGCUAUCAGAAAAGUUGAAAAGAAAGGAACUCCCUCUUGGAGUUCAUUACCAUGUUUUUGUGGAUCCUCCUGGACCAAAAAUUGGAAAUGGUGGAUCAACUCUUCAUGUCCUUCAGUGCUUGGAAGAGAUGUAUGGUGAUAAAUGGACUUCUCUUAUUAUCAUAAUAAUUCAUUCUGGUGGUUAUAGUCAACGUUUACCACAUGCAAGUGCACUGGGAAAAAUUUUCACAGCUUUGCCUUUUGGUGACCCUAUUUACCAGAUGUUGGAGCUGAAGUUGGCAAUGUACAUUGAUUUUCCUACCCAUAUGAAUCCAGGAAUUCUCAUUACUUGUGCAGAUGAUAUUGAACUUUAUAGUAUUGGAGCAACAGAAGUCAUCAAGUUUGAUAAACCUGGGUUCACUGCAUUAGCUCACCCAUCAGAUUUGACUAUUGGUACCACUCAUGGAGUAUUUGUGUUAGAUUCAUCUCCUUUAUCAGAAAAAGAGCUUGAAUACAGAUCUUGUCAUCAUUUCCUACAUAAACCUAAUAUUGAAAAGAUGCAUCAGUCUGGUGCAGUAUGCAUAAGGAGGAAUUGCUCUCAACCAGACUCCUCUGGAGAACACAAUGACUUAAAAAUGGACUACGAGUAUGUGUAUACAGACAGCUUAUUUUACAUUGAUCAUAGCAUUGCAAAACAAUUACUAACAUUUUUUAAGCAGCUGGAUACUCUUUGUUGUGAAAUAGAUGCAUAUGGUGAUUUUCUCCAAGCUCUGGGACCUGGAGCAACUCAUGAUUACACAAAAAUCACAGAUAAUGUCACAAAAGAAGGAUCACAGUUAGGAGAAAUAAGACAGAAGCUAUUUUCUCUUCUUAAAGGAACAUCACUUAACGUUAUAGUCUUAAAUAACUCCAGGUUCUAUCAUAUUGGGACUACACAAGAGUAUUUGUUUCAUUUUACUUCUGAUAGUAAAUUGAAAUUGGAGCUUGGCUUUCUAUCUAAAGCGUUUAGCAUCUUUCCAGAUAAAGCAGAAAACUCAGGUAUAUCGGCAUGUAUCAUUCAAAGCAUACUGGAUUCAAGAUGUGUUGUAGCACCUGCCUCUGUUAUUGAAUACUCUAGGCUGGGACCUGAGGUUUCAGUAGGGGCAAACAGCAUUAUCAGUGGUUGUUGCUUAAGUGCUAAUGCAGAUGUACCACCAAACUCUUUUGUGAGUUCAUUGAGCAUCAGGGUUAACGGAAAAGUAAUGUAUGUGAGUAUGGUGCUUGGUGUAGAAGACAACUUGAAAAAGAAUGUGAAAUUGUUGUCAGACAUACAUUCCCUUCAGUUUUUUGGAAUCAGUUUACUGCAGUGCUUGGACCUCUGGGACCUGAGAGUUUCAGACCAACUCUUCUCUGGUGACAAGACAAGUUUGGGUUUGUGGACUGCUCGGAUUUUCCCUGUUUGUUCUACUUUAAGUGAUUCAGUUAGAGUGUCAUUAAAGAUGUUAAAUGCUGUGCAAAACAAGUCAGCUUUUAAACUGAAUGGGUGGAAGCUCCUGUCUAUUGAAGAAAUGCUCUUCUACAAAGAUGUAGAAGACAUGUUGAAGUUCAGGCAGCAAAUUUACGAAGAAAUCACUCUACAAAGACACAAAGAGAAAUCUGAUUUGUAAAUGUACAGUAUUUUUACCCUUUGUCUUUCUUUAAUAUGAAGAUGAUUGAUUGUUUUCAAGCUUGUAAAACCCAGAAGCAAAAAGUAUACAUCUUCUUUUCUGAUUUCAUUGAAGUAGAAAUAAUGAAAUUGCAUUAGCAGCGUUGUUGUAGCAUAACAUUAAUAAUGCAAAAACACAGAUAAACUAUUCUUUUGAUGAAAGAAUUAAUGAAAUAUUUCAAAUCUAUGAAAAAACUAAGAAGUGAAUUUUCUUGGGGUAUCCAUUAUAUGGGGUUUUUUUUUAGUUUUUGUUAAGAAUAUGGAAUGAACAUUAAUUAGUUUGAAGAAGUUUUAAGUAGUUUUCGAAGUACAAUGUUGGCUCUUGCAACAUAGUGUGGCAUAGCAAUGAGUUACAUUUCCCUCUUUUCACGGUAUCCUUUUAAAAUGGGUAUUUUAAGAGGCUAAGGUAAUUUUUCAUUAUCUUAAGCAAAACAAAAGAAAUUUUUAUAUAUUUGUUUAAACUUUAGCUCGUCAUCACUCUCACAAGCAAUGAGAAAUUUUGUGUAUGUGUGCUAAAUAUAUCUUCUUGCAGAAUACCGAAUAAUUUGUGGAAAGAAUUUAUCUGAAAAGCUGUGAUCUGAAAUAUUGUAUCAUAAGUAAAUUGAAGUGAAUACACUUUCCAUAUCUCUGCAUCAUGGUCGCUUCUGAAUCAAAGAUUUCCAGAAUCUAAUGGCUCAUUAACUUAUGGUUCCAAUUCUUUGAAUCCCCUUAUGGUGCACAAGUAUCUCUCAAGUCUCUUACAUCUUGUGGUCAUUUCAUAACUUCAGUUCUCAAAGGAGACCAGGGCCAAUAGAAUGUUCUGGUUCAGUAUCAACAUUGAGUAGCAAGCUGUGGUAAUGCCUCCUUCAUUGCCCCAUGUUCAUCUGAGUCCACUUGCUACCUGCAAUCUCUCCUUCAAAAUAAUGUCCCUUUUCGUUCUAUAAUACUGAGGCUAGGUCUGCAGAGGGGGGGAGAUUGGCCUAAGUUACGCAAACAGCGUAGCAGAAGUCAGCGUAUCUUAGGUCGAUUUACCUGGCCAUGAGGACGGUGGCAAGUCGACUGCUGCCGCUCCCUGUUGACUCUGCUUCCGCUUCUCGCUGUGGUGGAGUUCCGGAGUCGACCGCAGAGCGAUCAGUGGUCGAUAAAUCGAUCCCCAAUAGAUCAAUCACUACUUGCCGAUCCAGCGGGUAGUGUAGAGGUACCCUGACAUUCACAAUAUUCAGUGGCACUGGGAACAGCUGUUUUGCCCAGAAUUUAGAAUGUUGUAACCAUACACAGUCUCCUCUGUGACAACUCUUCCUUCCCCCUUUAGACCUUGCACACUUUCCAGAAGCUUCUUAGUCGAUGAAUAUACCUGCUCUUUCUUUUUAAUCAUCUGGGAACAUGAAGUAACAUUUCCCAAUACACAUCACCCCUCCAUCAUGCAUUCUUAUUCUUGUGUUGACUGUGGAUGAUCUUGUGCCCUGGCUGUCCACUUUGUGUCUGUGUGCUGAGCCAGUUAACUCUGCACACUCCACAAAGUAAUGUUAACUAUAUUUUUUUCUCAGAUUGUUUUACUACAUUGUUACAAUUUAAAAUAUUUUAACUUGUUUUCCCUUAGAAUGUGCCCAUUAAGCUGUCACAAUGCUAGGGCAAAUGAGUUAAAACAACAUAUGACUCUGCUAUGCAUAAGUGAAAGGUAUUUGUUCAAUAGCUGGAAAUAUGAGCAAAAAAUAGAACUGCAUUUCUCAUGAAAAAUAUAUUUGAAGUCAAACAUGAAUUUUAUGUUUGUCAGUCUCCAGCCCCCUAAAAUUAAUUAUUUUAUAUUAUAAGCAUGGAACCAGAUUCUGAUCUCUGGCACUAGUGUAAAUCUGGAGGAACUCCUUGGAUUUCCUUGGAAAUCAGAAUUGAGCCCAAUAUCUUUAAUGUUAAACAAUAGUUUUAAUAACUAAACACGGCAAUGCAUACUGAGUGCAAAAUAAUGUUGAGUACAUGUAGCAUCAUAUCAUGGAAUUAUCAGUAAUAAAAUUAUCCCUUUUUGAGUUCUCCAGAGGUUUUAGAGGAAGGGAAAGCAUAGGGUUAUAAUGUGGAAUUUGAGGUUUGGCUUGUUAGGGUAGGGAGCCUAAUGAGAGAGUGUGCCAUGGUUCACAAAAGCUCCUGUGCUUGUGAGUGGUGUUGUAAUCAAAGACAAGUAUUAUCAGAUUAAAUUUGUACCAACCUUUUUGACAUAUCUCACAGUAACAAAGUGCUUGUGGGCUGCUUUCUUAACUCCUAUUGAUACACCUCUACCCCGAUAUAACGUGACCCAAUAUAACACACAUUCGGAUACAACGCGGUAAAGCAGCGCUCCAGGGGGCCAGGGCUGCAUGCUCUGGUGGAUCGAUAUAACGCUGUUUCACCUAUAACGUGGUAAGAUUUUUUGGCCCCUGAGAACAGCGUUAUAUCGGGGUAGAGGUGUAUUUCUUGAUGCCAGUUCCAAGGCAAUGGAAUGUUUCACCAAUAUUAUUUAAUACCAAAGUUUUCCUUAACCUUCAUCACAUGUCGCUGGUAAGACACUACUUUUGGAAGGUUUAUCUAGUUGAGUUAAAAGUCUUCUGUGUGUGAAUCAGUACAGAAGAACUAGACCCCUCGCAGGCUUGCAGGGGGGUGAGUGUGUGGAUUUAAUUUGCAAUGGGGAUAAGGAUGGAUGCCAGGGAAAAAUGGUCUUAGGCAACUUAGGAGUGACAUGUUUUUUUAAAAAAUGGCUGCAGAGGAGUAUGUUCGUGAAGACUGAGAUUAAAGAUUACAAUCAAACACCAUGCAAAUCAAGAAGUAAAAAUAGUCAUAGAAUAUGGUGCAUAAAGUCAUGAGAAUGCUUAAUCUAGCAUCAAAUUUGCAUAAUCUUUGUGUCAUUAACUAUUGUGAUGUUAUGCAAAACAUUGUGGAAAACACAAAUGUUUGACAUACAGACUUUGCAUCUUCAAUUAGAGACCAGACUUUGCUCCUAGAUCAUUUUCAUGCUGUAUUGCCUCAUCAAUAUAAAGACUUAAAUACACAAUAAGCAGUAAUUGUAUUCUUUUAGCAUGCUCAUUCAUUAUUAACUAUUAUAAGAUUUAUUUUAAAAGGGUCCCCAAACAUAAUGCAUUAAUAACCACUUUGUUCACUGAAAUUAGUUUUAGUAUAAAGACAGAGCUUUUGG